GGCCCGGCCCGGCCGGCGGCCCCGAGGCCACGGUCCCGACAGGCCAGUGGAUGGAGUAGCGUCUGGUCUUGGACCCAAGCGUCUCACCUCGGGCUCCAAACCCCCGACAGACCCAUGUCCGCAGCGGCUUCUUGAACCAGAUUGAGGAAAGGAGCCUCUGCCCUGUUGGACGCUGUCCACCUUGGACUCCAGGGGCUGCCUUUCACCCGCAGAAGUUUAGUUGGAGUAGUCUGGUGAGAGAAAAAUGGAUUUCUUUGCUGAUGUGACUUCAAGUAACCUCACUUCAUCAGUCAACAUGACCAGUUCUUUGCCUGCAACAGUAGCUUAUCACUUCAAUUCUACCAGUAGUCCUCCUUCAAUGUCAAUAACUAGUCUUUUCCCAGCCUUGUUAGAAUGUUUUGGUAUAAUCCUUUGUGGAUACAUAGCAGGAAGGGCCCACAUUAUAACAUCAACACAGGCCAAAGGACUAGGGAAUUUUGUUUCCCAUUUUGCACUUCCAGCUUUACUAUUCAAAAACAUGGUUAUACUUAAUUUUUCUAACGUUAAUUGGUCCUUCCUCUAUAGUAUCUUAAUUGCCAAAGCCACUGUAUUUUUUAUUGUGUGUGUGUUAACAUUACUAGUUGCCCGUCCUGACAGUCGAUUUAGCAAAGCUGGAUUGUUCCCUAUAUUUGCUACACAAAGCAAUGACUUUGCAUUGGGAUAUCCUAUAGUCGAAGCUUUAUAUCAAACUACUUAUCCAGAAUACCUUGAGUACAUUUAUUUGGUGGCUCCAAUAUCUCUUAUGAUGUUAAACCCUAUAGGGUUUAUAUUCUGUGAAAUCCAAAAAUGCAGAGAAAAUCGUGAUACAUCUCAAAACAAAGUGAAAAUAGUUGGACUUGGACUUCUGCGUGUGCUGCAGAACCCAAUCGUAUUUAUGGUCUUCAUUGGAAUUGCCUUCAAUCUUAUUCUUGGCCAGAAGGUGCCAGUUUACUUGGAAAAAUUUCUGGAUGGGCUUGGGAGUUCUUUUUCUGGCUCAGCCCUAUUUUAUCUUGGUCUCACAAUGGUGGGACAAAUAAAGAAACUAAAGAAAUCUGCAUUUGUUGCAAUAAUUCUGCUCGUCACAGCUAAACUCCUGGUGAUGCCGCUUUUGUGUAGAGAAAUGGUGGAGCUCUUGGACAAGACUGGUGGUAUAGUGAACCAUACUAGCUUAACCAAUUAUGCAUUUUUAUAUGGAGUCUUUCCAGUAGCACCAGGAGUGGCUAUCUUUGCAACACAGUUCAACAUGGAAGUAGAGAUUGUAACCUCAGGGAUGGUGAUAAGUACUUUUGUGUCAGCUCCAAUCAUGUAUGUUUCUGCAUGGUUACUAACCAUUCCCUCCAUGGAUCCAAAACCCAUGGCAUAUGCCAUCCAGAAUGUUAGUUUUGAUAUAAGUAUCGUCAGUUUGGUCUCUUUGAUCUGGUCACUUGCCGUUCUACUUCUGAGUAAGAAAUAUAAACAGCUUCCUCAUAUGUUAACAACCAAUUUACUCAUUGCUCAGUCUAUUGUCUGUGCUGGAAUGAUGAUGUGGAAUUUUGUUAAAGAGAAAAAUUUUGUUGGACAAAUUCUGGUGUUUGUUCUGUUAUAUAGUUCUCUCUAUAGCACCUACUUAUGGACAGGGCUUCUGUCAAUUUCUUUGUUCCUGUUGAAGAAGAAAGAGACAAUACAGAUUCCUGUAGGAAUUAUCAUUAUAUCUGGAUGGGGCGUUCCUGCUCUUCUCGUGGGUGUUCUUUUGAUAGCUGGAAAACAUAAUGGUGAUAGCAUUGAUUCUGCUUUUUUUUAUGGAAAAGAUCAGAUGAUAACCACAGCAGUCACCCUGUUUUGUAGCAUAUUGAUAUCAGGCGUAUCACUGAUGUGUAUGAACCAGAGUACACAGGAAGGGAAUUAUGAGGGAUUGGAUCGUCGUUCUCAGAACAGCAAAACAGGGGAGGCUGAAAGGACUGCUGUUGAAGAAAGUCCAGUGCCAACAAAUGAACCAGAACCUUAUACAAGUUCUACUCUAGAAAGAAGCUCCUGUUCUUGUUCAGUAGGCAAUGGUGAAUUGUGCCAUUCUGCAGUAGACCCAAUAGCAGAUACCAGUCCGGGUGAAACCCUAACUCCUUCCUUGGGGACAGGUGAGCAUUGUGUGAGUCAGUGUAAUUCUCAGAGCUGCAUAUUAGCUCAGGAAGAAGAACAACUUCUGCAGAUUGGAGACAAACAACUGGCUAGACAUGUGUUGCUGUGUUUACUGCUUAUUGUCGGCUUGCUUGCUAAUCUUUCCAGUUGUUUAUGGUGGCUAUUCAACCAGGAACCUGGAAGACUGUAUGUUGAAUUACAAUUUUUUUGUGCUGUAUUCAAUUUUGGACAGGGUUUUAUUUCCUUUGGAAUCUUUGGAUUAGACAAACAUUUUAUCAUUCUGCCCUUCAAAAGACGAUUUGAAUUCCUGUGGAAUAAUAAAGAAACAGCAGAAAAUGGAUUAUCACCUGUUCCUGAGGAGAUCAGAAUGACCUGUCAACAGUUUGUUCAUUAUCAUCGUGAUCUCUGUGUCCGAAGCAUUGUCAAGGAAAGAAGGUGUGGUGCAAAGACUUCUACUGGAACUUUCUGUGGCUGUGACCUGGUGAACUGGCUAAUUGAAGUUGGCCUUGCCUCUGACCGUGGUGAAGCAGUGCUGUAUGGAGACAGGCUGGUACAAGGAGGAGUUGUCCAGCACAUUACCAAUGAAUAUGAGUUUCGGGAUGAAUGUUUGUUUUACCGAUUUCUUCAGGACAGUCCCACAGAAAGUCCUCCAGGCACUAAUUCAGGUGCAUCCUCACAGGAGAGACAGGUAGAAAUUGAGCACUCAUCCCCUACCUCACUUUCCCCUGAAACCUAAAAUAUGGGGAUAUAAAACACAGAAGGAAUCUUUAUCAAACUGAAGAACAAUUUCCCCCUACUAUAUCAUUAUUAUUAGAGAGCUCCUAUUGAAUAUAAUAAUCAUCAGUUUGGACAGAAAUUGUUAAUGAUUGAUUUGCAUGUAAUUAUUUCAUAUAAUUUUAAUAACCAAAUAAGCCACUACUCUAAAUUGCUGAAUUUUGCAGUUGGAUAUUGAGCAGUAAAUGAAUCUCAUGAUUAUGUAUACUUUGCACUGACCAAUUGCACUUCAUGGAAAAACUUUGAAAAUCAUUUUAUUAAGAGGCCUUCCUAAUUCUUCAUUUCUCCACCACCACACAGUUUCUUGACAAGUGGUGCUCAUUCAAACUGGCAACACAAUGAAUUUAUGUUUUUAAAGUACACUUAUUCUUGCUUUUCCAUCAAAAAGUAGGGGUAAUCUCCACAAAUCCAUAACAGAAGUUAAAAUAUAGUCUAGUCUCUAACUUCUGUUGUGCAUGUUAUGAUUAGAGUAGUUUAACCUACAUCACACCAACAAAAUUGCUACCAUAAUUGUUGAUUGAUAUAUAUACACAUAUAUGUAUAUGUAUGUAUAUGUAUAUGUGUGUGUGUGUGUAUAUGUAUACAUAUAUACAUAUAUGUAACUUUGCACAUCCCAGCUCAGAAAAUUUUUGCACAUCUCAUGUGAACCACUGUUUAGAGAAAUUAAGAGAGGAAAGAAGUGGUUCAUGUCAACAAUUAUUUAUCAUGUGUCUCUUACGUGCCAUGCACAUUGCCAUGCACUGGGGAUACAAAGAUAAAAAUGAAAGUUUUUUACAUAUUUCAAACUAUUUUUGAAGCCAAAUCUAAUAUGCUGCUAUAAAUUUUAGAAUUUAAUUUUUGGCAUGCUGAUUUCUAAGCAUCUACAAGUUUAAGUUAUUCAUGCUGUGUGCAGUUAUAAAAUAUUAUUCCUGGCUUGAAAUUGGUGGAAAGAUGGAGAGAAAAAGGUGAUCAUGUUACCUUUGAGUUACUUGAUGUUUAGUGUGCUUUAUUUAUUUCAUAAGUUUUAACAGUCACUUUUUAAAAGUGUCUAGAAUAUAUUGUGCCCGUAUUGUCUUGCUUUUUAAGCCCUGUUUACUAACAGACCCUUAAUGCUAAAUAUUUAGCCCCUCUGCUGAUUUAACUUAAAAUGUUUAGUUUCUUUAUAUUUAAUUGCAUCUAACUUCCACAUGAAUGAUACAGUUCUAUUUUCUACUUGGAUCCUUUUUUUUUUUUAAGGUGAAUAGGACUUUUAAAUCUGUAUGUUUAAAAAAAAUAGGAAAACUCUAGUGUAUUUAAUAAGAGUAAAUCUAAACACUUUGCUAUGACAUUUGUUUUAAAUUAUGUUUUGGGGGUAGAGCAGUUUGUUUUACCAAUUAGAGUCACCUUGGCAAGGAAACUUUAGUUUUUUACAUCCUAAUUGUGACUGUCCUAAUGCUCUGGAGUUUAUCUUGAUUUUAAGCUUAAAUAUAACUUAUGCCAGGAACAACUGAUUUAUAACUGCAGUAUUUGAGAUGCUAACUUACGUGCUUGGUAAGCAUCUCAAAUUUAGAUUAAGAAUCAGUUGUUUUAUCUUUGUACAAGUUACUGCAUACAUUUUCUUAAAGGGAAGCAGAAAACUGCAUCUUUUAGCACAGAAAGUACUGACAGAAAACUGUUGAUCAUUGUGAUCUGCAAGUUUGGUUAACAGAGUACUUUUGUUAUGUUAAAAUAUUUUUAGAAUUAAGGAUAUGCCAGUUUUAUCAAAUGAAAAUAUCUUUGUACCAGUGACCUCAAUAAUAUAGCAAGUUUCUCAAUAAAAUAGCUCUUUUAAUUUGU